AUGCCAGCGGCGGCUAUGAUGUCGCAACGGUGGUGGAGCAUGUUCGAUCCACGAACACGCCACGGUCAGAUCUACCUCUUUCUUCUCGCAGUACGAUGCUACAGCGCCUUGUACGGAUAUGGCUACAUCCAUCCCGACGAAUGGAUGCAAUCAGGUGAACCUUACUUUGGAUUCAGUCUUGAUGGAGUCGAAGCAAGGCUCACAUGGGAGUGGCACCCCGAACAUGCCCUGAGGUCGCUCUCUGCCCUCGUCAUGCAGUACCUCGCCGUCGAACCACUCCUCAAGAUCUACCGACUCCUCAGCAGCUCUCUAUCGGGCCAAGCUCUCUUCCUUAUACAACGCAUCAACAUGCUUUUUUGGACUUUGGUGCUGGACGUCAGCGUCGUAUUUAUCCUUCCACCUCAAAUUGCUCGACACAUCCACUACUUGUUCGGCAUCUCCACAGCAGCAACCACUUUUCUAAUCCGACCAUUCAGCAAUUCUUUCGAAGCGCACCUCCUCGCAUUUUGCCUUUUGCACGUCUCCAACUUCUUCAAGGACCCUGCGUGGUACAAAUCUGCUGGCGUCGUGGGACUGCGUUGGGGCGUGUUGCUCGCCUUGAUAGGUGUAGACGGCUUCUUCACCCGCUUCACCUUUGCCAUCUUUGCCCUCCCUCUCGCCAUAUUCGUGCUGUACCGCCAUGUACAGGUUGCCGCCGAAGGUCAUAAGCGAACAGCACUCGGGUCAUUGGCUAUCGCCGUGAACUGUGUGGUCAUCUUCCUCGCGGGCAGAGUUGAGUCCGACACCAACUUUUACACCAGGGCGGCAGAUACGAACGGAGUAGAGGUUGCUGGUUUUUGGGGCACAAAAUGGGUGGUACCGCCGAUAAAUGCGCUCCUGUACAACCUCAAGACGGAGAAUGUGGCACAGCAUGGAUUGCAUCCGAGGUGGUUGCAUGUGGUGGUGAACCUGCCGAUGAUGGUUGGGGUUGCGAAUUGUGUGAUUUUGGUAGUGUAUGGUUGGCAGUUUGGGCGAGAGAGACUACAUCCUGGCACGGCGAUCCACGGAGCAGGGAACGAAGGCGCGAUGUCCCAGGACGAGCAAGAGCGAAUUGAGGUAGAGCAAACAGUCAAGGGUGCAGAAGGUGUCGUCGCUGGCCCUUCCUCGACCACGCCAUCGCAGACGUCUGAUGAUCAGGACAUACCCUACGUCGACAACGAACCCAUCAUCGUACCCCUCAGCCUCGCCACAAUCAUCUUCGCCCUCGCGAUCCUAUCCCUCUCGCCCCACCAAGAACCUCGCUUCCUCCUACCGCUCGCCUUCCCCUCCACCAUCAUCAUGGCCUACGCCCUGCAAUCACCGACCUUUACCUCUCGCCCUUCCCUCACCCGCACCCUGUGCGUCCUCCACGUCAUCCAACACAUCCUCCAACUCGUCCUCUUCUCCUUCCUGCACCAAGCUGCGCUGCUACCCACGCUCUUCUCCAUCGACACAUCCUUUUCGCACCUUCCCUCGCACAACCCCCUCUGGAACCGGUACGAGCAUCAUCUGCUCUACCGAACGUUCAGCGUCCCCCUGCAUUUCCUCCCUAACAAGGUUUCGGGGAUGUACCCGCGCGUCGAACAGUACGAUUCCGCCACUGAUCCCGGAAAGCUGGUGCAUAUGGCGAGUACCGCAUGCGAUCACACAUGGGUGUAUGCUCCAACAUGGGUAGUUGGUGGACUGCAAGAGGACGCGCACAAGCAGGGAAGGGUGGAGAUGGUGGGAGUAGGGAUGGUCAGUUGGCAUCUAGACAUGGAUCAUCUGAGCGAGAGUUGGGCGCUGAUCAAGGAGGUUGGGUGGAAAGAGGCUUUCGCCAUUCAAAAGUUGGCAGUGCAGUGCAUCGACCAUACACAGAUCGACGACACGGUAGAGUCACAAGGACAACCGGAGAGACCACAGGUAGACCCGCCAUCACAUGACGAUUUAUAG